UUAGAAUCAUGAUCGUUGAAAUUAUUUUAUCGAUGAUAUUCCUAUGGUUCCUCUGGAGCACGACAACUUACUUGGAAAAACGAAAACUGCCACCUGGACCAUUUCCGCUGCCUUUUAUCGGCAAUACUCUUCAAAUGCUCAGCGAUCCCAAAGACCCUUUUUCAAAACUGGUUAGGAAAUACGGUGAUAUAUUUACCUUUUACCGUCCAGCAGGCGCUGUGGUUGUUCUGAACAACGCUAGACUUAUACGUGAAGCAAGAGUGGGAAAAAAAGAUGAUCUUUCAGGAAGGAGCCGAGAGCAUAUGUAUCCUUUCACUGAGAUAUCCGGUACUAACGAUGUACUGUUAUCGGAUUAUUCACCAGGAUAUCUUUUUCGAAGAAGGGUAUUCCAGUCUGCGAUGCACGUUUUUGGAAGUGGCAUCGAGAAGGCGGAGGAUAGAGCAAGACAAGCAGUGGACAAAGCGAUUGAAGAAAUUCACAAUAAACACGGGCAACCAUUUUGUCCUAAAGAACCUUUAGAAUGUGCGAUUGUAGUCCAAAUUUGGGAGUGGCUCACGUCAAAAACCGAACCUCUGGAUGGCCCGACUAUACACAUUCUUCGGAAACACUUAGAGACAAUUACAGACAUUGGAUACCAAUCCCCGCUAUACCAUCUUUUCCCAUUUUUGGGAUAUUUACCAACACAAUUCCGUCGAAACAUAAAGCGCGCGCAGGAAACUGUCCAAUCUAUUUUCAUCCCAGAAUUUCAAGCACACCAGAAGACAUACACUCCCGGUAUCGUCCGAGAUCUAACCGAUAGCUUCAUCGCGGCCUAUGAGAAGGAACUCGCAAAAGAGAGGGGCAAGGAAAUUGGGUCAAAAGACGAUAUCCCCAGUUUGAUGACGAACGUUCUGCUUGGUGGUACUGGGACGACGUCGGCCUCGUUAGCCUGGUUAAUUUUACAUAUGGCUUUACACGAGGACAUCCAACAAAAAAUUCACGAUGAAAUCGAUGCGGUUGUUGGAAAUGAACGCCUACCGCAUUUACGAGAUGCCCCUGACAUGCCAUAUCUUCAAAGUACCCUGUGCGAAGUGCAAAGAAUACCAGGCGUAAUCGCUUCCUCAUCCUCGAAUACGACACGUGAUAUUUUAAUAGAUGGUUAUGAAAUCCCAAAAGGUACACUAGUGUUGAUAAACCUGAAGCAAGCACACCUGGACGAAAGAGAAUGGCCUGAACCAAAUGAAUUUAAGCCCGAGCGCUUUCUAGAUUCCGAAGGAAAGUUUGUCGGAUGGACCAAACUUCAUGGUUUUAUUCCCUUUGGUUUGGGUCGCAGAGAAUGUGCUGGUUCGUCGUUGGCAAAGGUUAUGAUGUUUACGUUCGCAGCCACAUUGCUCCAACGCUACAAGUUUGAACUGCCGAAGGGAUCAGAAAAACCAAGUACAGAAGCAUAUUUUGUAUCAGCUGUUGUGAAACCGAAAGAUUACGAAGUUGUGGCUAAACAACGUCUUCCCAUUUAGUGCUUCAUCGGGUCAAAAAUUGUGCGACGCUGCAUAGAAUUGCCAGUCCGCAUUUUGUAACGAACUGGUUUCAGAGUGAAAUUGUACCCAGACGUAUAUAAUUGAAUGCAGAGUUCUUGAAACACCGCUCUAAACCUGUCUGGCCAUUUUUACCGUGACAAGGAAUUAAAGCACCAAGUGUGUUUAAAAAAACUAUUGAUAUCACUAAUAACAAUGUAUUUUUUUAGAAUUUGAUAUAUUUAAUAUUCAGACUACUAUGUCUCAAUUUCGAGUUGACCCUUACUGGAAUCCAAGAAAUCAUGUGAAAUCCAAGAAUAUACAUGAAUUAAAGUUUAUAACGAUCAGGGGGUGUACAUAACAAAAAUGUCUGUAGGAUGCCAAUAGUUUUUAAGACCGACUAUCACGUUUCAGUAUUCUACGUACUCGCCCCAUGAAUAUGUCACAGCAGCAUGAACAUAUCUAACCACAUUCAUAGAUCUAAUGACAUUUUAGUAACUAGUAACAUUUUAACCGAGCUUUACGAACGUGACAUCUUUUUACAAA